GUCCCUCACCAUGCGCGUCCGCUUCCGGUUAGCGAUGGAGGUUGCAAGCAGUGUUGCAUUUCUGUCUUUCUCGCUCAUUUUACAAUGACGAAGCCAAAGGGUCAAACAUGAAUAGUUUUGAUAAUAAAUUCAUAUUCGAUUAAGUCGCGUCGUAGAGGUGUCAUCUAAGUGCGGAAGAUGUCUAGAAUCGGAAGAUAAAUUGUUGUGGUUGCAUUAGCUAGCAUAACGCUAUAGGCUAGAUUUAGCUUGAUGUCAACAACUUCGCGAGUCAUUUUUACACCCAGACAAGACUUAUUUUGAUUAUUUUGCUUCACUUAGUUAAUUCGCAAGUCAUUUAUUGCGGGUUUGAGGUGUCAUUGCUUGAAAUGACAAUGUUUGAGAUGGACAAAGAGGAGUCUGACAGGCUGAUAGAGAAAGCCAAGCUGUGCUUGCGGUCAGGACGCAAAGAGAAAGCCUUGCAGCUGCUGUACGAGGCGCAGAAGAUCUACCCCAGCACCCGGGCCAGAGUACUGAUUGAUGCCAUCGUGAAGAAUGGUGGGACUCCCCCUGAAGAGGAGCGCACCUUCACGCCUCCACCUGGCUGGAGGAGCUCUGAUGAAGACGGCCCGGCUCCACAUCAGCGGGUCAGAGGCCAAGAGAGAGCCGAGGGGUCCAGUGACGACAAGAAGAGCUACACUGAGGAGCAGCGGCAAGGAGUGCUCAGGAUAAAGAGAUGCAGAGACUUCUAUGAAAUUCUGGGGGUGCCAAAGGAUGCCAGUGAUGAGGACUUAAAGAAAGCCUAUAGGAAGCUGGCACUACGCUUCCACCCGGAUAAGAACUGCGCUCCUGGAGCGACCGAUGCUUUCAAAGCAAUAGGCAAUGCAUAUGCAGUGCUCAGUAACCCAGAGAAAAGGCAGCAAUAUGAUGAAUGUGGGGACCAGGGCCCUGCAGAGACAUCCAGUCAUACUUCAGCCCAAGCCCGUCAUGCGUACGGACACCACCGCUCCUUCGGCAGAGACUUCGAGGCUGACAUCUCCCCAGAGGAGCUCUUCAACAUCUUCUUCGGGGGCAGAUUUCCUACAGGCAACAUCCAUGUGUACACCAACCGUGGAGCUUCUUACGCUCAUUAUUACCAGCCCCGCAGACGCCGUGCGUACGAGAGACGGGAGGAAGAGGUGGAGGAGAGCCACAGUCAGAACAACUUCACAGCUCUCCUGCAGCUGCUGCCGGUGCUGGUGCUCAUUCUGAUCUCUGUGUUCACUCAGCUGAUGGCCACCAACCCUCCCUACAGCCUCUUCUACAAACCGUCCUUGGGGUUAGUGGUGUCCAGGGAAACCCAGCACAUGGGUGUGCCAUACUAUGUGGAUAAGAGUUUUGAGAAGGAGUACCACGGUGCUGCCCUGGACGAGAUGGAGAAGACCAUUGAGAGCGACUAUAUUGACCACCUACAGACCAGCUGCUGGAAAGAGAAGCAACAGAAAUCUGAUCUAACUAACCUGGGCCAGCUGUACCGAGACGAGCGGCUGAAGCAGAAGGCCGAGACAAUGAAACUGGAUCACUGUGACAAGCUGCACCGCUUCAUCGGCCGACAGAAAGGAGAGUGAGGCAUCGUCGCCCUCCCAGACAGCAUGGUCAGCCUAAUCAAAGAGCUUUUAGUAUCAGUUACAUAUUUCAAUUUAAUCGGGUGGGUCACCUUUUUGGGAAGGAGAAAGGCAUGGAAAGACUUGUUAAAGCAGUAGCCCAAGCUGAGCGUUUGUGCCUUUCAUCCGUUAAUGGGGUGAAAUCUGAAGGCCUUUGAGAUGCUCAAGCAUCUGAUUCAGCUGCGAUGCACAACCACGAGUGGAAGAGGGUAAUUCGUGCGAGAGCCUGGCAUUUUUUUUCCUUACAUUAAGGAGCACCGGCUCCAGGCUGGCCGACAGGAUUAAAGCUAGUGAUUGUUGUUAAUUAGACGCAUUUAAGCUUCAUUCUCUAUAGGAGUUUAACUUAUUUAAAUUAACAUAUUUCAUUUCUUUUUCCUGAAUUUGUGCUGUGAAUUACAUUUGACAAUAGUUAUAACUUUUAAUAAGACAAAAAGCUAAUUAUUUUGUUUUUGAAACAACAAACACUUCUCAAAAACAGGGAUAUAAACCACUACAGCUUUUCAAAGCUCUCUGGACGUAGCAAAAAAAUAAAAUAUUUAAAAUAGUGUGUACAUUAAAAUAGUGUUUCGGUCAUUUGUUACGGUGCUGUAAGUUUUGGAGAUGAAAAGGUAUUAGGAAACUGUUUGUAAGCAGAUUUUUUUUUUUUUUUAGAGAGAGAGAGAGAGUAAAAAUGGCCAGUGCACUGACAGAAAUGCUAAACGCCAUUACCUCAGAUUUAUAAAUCUGCAGUAUUUGAUUUAUUUAUUUAUUUAGUAUUUGGCACUUUAUUUGUCUUAACUUCUUGUGUAUUGCAUGCAUCCAUCCAUGCAUUCUCCCUUCCUUGUUAGUGUUCGAAGCUGUUAACCGCACAGUUUAAUAUCAGUAAUUAUAAAUAGGCAAAUAACCGUUACUGAGCAGCAUCUGUUUUGAACUACAAUUAAUGUUUUACUUCAUGUCACUGAACACUAUGUUCUAUAUAUUAUAACAUACUGAUCUUUAGCACAAAUGUGAGCACGAGAUGUUCAGAAGCACUACAGGAGGCAUCCUUAUUCGAGAUGAAACAGAGGAAGAGUAUCGGAUGUGUUGUGGAGAGUUUGUGCCAUUAAUGGUGUUGUGAUCUUGUUUCCAUCCAGUACGCGAACUGUUGGAAGUUUUGUUUGGAUUGAGUGCGUUUUGUGCCGCUUAAAUAAAACAUUAAUCAAACGGA